AUGGCCGAUGUCUUAUUAGGCCAUACACUUGUAUUACUGUACACGGUGUCUUUUGCAGAUGCUGGUGCUGAAGUAGGGGCAAAUGAGGGUGAGGGUAAGGGUGAAGAUAUUGUGGAAAGUGGUAAUGAGGAAAGGAGGUUGAAGGUUGUAAAUGAUCCAUACUGGCAUGCAUUGAUGAGUGACGAUGACGAUGCAUGGGAUGGGGCUGAUGAACCAGAAGCUGGUGGUUCAAAACGUGAUGAUGAUUAUAGUCCUCAUUUUGAUGAUGAGGGUGAUACUGAUGAGGAGGAUGGUGGUCAUGGGGAGGGUAGCCAUGAAAAGGCAGCUGAUGUUGGUGGUUUAAGUGGUUCGGCUACUAUGUUGGAUGAUGAGGAAGAGGAUGAGGUAUCCUCUAACUUAGCUAGAAGUGAUAUCCUCAUAACUCCCCCUAAAAGUGAUGAGGAGUAUGAGGCGAGUAGUUGGCCUAAGUGUGUUACUAGGGUUUCCCAGUUUCAGGAUGUGGACAUGGAAGACCCACAUUUGGAUGUUGGCAUGUCAUUUGAAUCUGCUGCUCAAUUCAGGAAAGCUGUGAGAGAAUACAAUUUGUUUAGGGGUAAGGAUGUUGUGUUCACAAAAAAUGAUGGGGAUCGGGUUAUUGGAGUUUGUAAGAGUAGGCCCAAGGGUUGUCCUUGGAGAGUUUAUGGUUCACUGGUUACGGCUCUCUUUGAUGAUGUAAAAAGGAAAUGGAAUGUGGAUGUUACUCCUAGACAACUGUACAGGGCCAGGGUUAAGGCGAAAGAACAGGUAGAAGGUAAGCACAAGGAACAGUACAAGCGGCUAUGGGAUUAUUGUGCAACAGUAAGACAAAUGAAUAGAGGGAGUACACUGUUGAUGAAAGUUGAAAGGCCUACGUUAGACGUCCCACCUACUUUUCAAAGGUUGUAUAUGUCUUUGGCAGCAUGCAAGGAGGGUUUUAAAAGGGCUUGUAGGCCCGUGAUAGGUGUUGACGGCUGUUUCCUUAAGGGACAUUUCGGGGGGCAAUUGUUGGUUGCUGUGGGAAGAGAUCCAAACGACAAUAUUUAUCCGAUUGCACUGGCUGUGGUUGAAGCUGAAACCAAGGAUAGUUGGUCCUGGUUUCUAGAGACUCUAGUGGGGGACCUUGGUCCAAAUGGCUGUACUGGGUGGACAUUCAUUUCUGACAGACAGAAGGGGUUGAUACCAAGCUUCGAGGAGGUCCUACCAAGUGCACCGCAUCGCAUAUGUAUCCGACACUUAUAUGCAAACUUUAGGGGUGAUGGGCACAAAGGAUUGGUGCUAAAAGACAAGCUGUGGAAAGCAGCUGCUGCAUAUAAUUUUUAUGGGUAUCAAAGGGAAAUGGAGGCGCUGAGGAAAUUGAGUCCAGCUGCCCAUGCUUAUUUGGAGAAGAUUGACCCCCGUACCUGGGCUAGGGCUUUCUUUGACACCACCCCAAAGUGCGACUUGAUCAUGAACAACUUAUGCGAGUGCUUCAACUCGUACAUCAUCCAUGCCCGAGACAAGCCAAUCAUUACCAUGCUGGAGAUGAUUAGGAAGAAGUUGAUGAUGCGAUACCAGAAGAAGAGGCAAGGAAUAAGGGAGUAUGUCGGGGAAUGGUGCCCGAAGAUAUUGGCAAAGUUAGACCAAUGUGGAAAGGAUGCUGCGGAAUGUACUUCAACUUAUGCUGGGGAUGGAAUCUAUGAAGUGUUGUGCAGUUAUGGCACAUUUGUGGUUAGCUUGACGGACCGUGUUUGUGGGUGCAGGCAGUGGGAUAUGACUGGCAUUCCAUGCCCACAUGCCAUCUCAGCCAUUUUAUAUCAUUCUGCCAAACCUGAACAGUACCUGCAUCCGUAUUACAGUGUUGAGAAUUACAAAAUGGCUUAUGACCCAAUGAUAUACCCAGUGCCAAGUGAGGACCAAUGGGUCAGAACCGGGCAAGAUGAGGUUCACCCACCCGUUAUUAGAGCUACCCCAGGCCGGCCCAAGAAGCUCCGGAGAAGGGGUCCAGAUGAGCCAAGAAACCCACAUUGCAUGAGGAAGGGUGGUGUAAGCAUGAGAUGCUCGAAGUGCAGGACAGUUGGCCAUAAUGCUAGGACUUGCCCUAGGAGGAAGAGGAAGUCCACUCCAAGCACUGCAACAGAGUUGAACUUAGAUGAUAUUCCUUCUCACCCAAUUGCUGAUGAUUCACAGCCUACGGAAUCAUCUACAGCUGCACAACCUGUUUCACAGCCCAAAAAGAGAGUUCCACCUACUACUGUUGAUCCUACUUCAACGAAAAGGAGUAAGACAAUGGCUCCCUCAAUGCAUACUCGGGCAUCACAAAGAGCAAAUUCCACAGCUGCAAAAUCUGUUGCUGCAAGGCCUAUUAGGAGGUCUGGUAGGUUGAUGGCAGCAUUUAAGGAGCCCGAUCCCAACAAAGAGAUACCCACUAUUGACCUAACAUGUGAUGAUUCACAACCAGCAGUAUGCACUCGGGAACCGGCCAGGGCACUCGGAGUUGUCAUUCGAGAACCAGUAAGGAAGCCAGCAAGAGUGGUGGUACCAACAGUGGAGAAGGGUAUACGAAGAAUGGAAGCUAAAAACAAAGGGAAAAAACCAAUAUGGCAGCCUUGA